AUGAACAUUCUGGACCAAUUCGCAGAAGCAGUCCAGUACAGUGGAGAUAAUACACCGAGACACGCAUCCGGCUAUGGCAUUCCGGAGAUGUGCAAAAUAAUGCAACAAUCUGAGGAUCCCGUUUCGAAGAUUGCCCAGUUCGUCGAUUAUAUGAAAAAUAUGACAACUUCCAAGCAGGAUAGCAACGAAAUCAACCGAGGAAGUUACAAUGACUACGUUGCAGAGGCACGCAUGUCGAAAGACGAAGAGGAUCAAAGUGCGUAUCUCUGGAUGUAUCAAACAUGUUUCGAAUUCGGCUUCUUCCAGUCGACCGACUCCGGCCACAACAUUUUCGGCAGCCCGUUGCCAUUAAACUUUUUCACGCGCACAUGCUCAGAAUUUUUCCCUGACCGCUACUCAGCAGUCGAGAAUCAACAAAGUGUGUUGAAGACGAAUCAUCAUUACGGUGGUCGCCAUAAAUAUGAGGCAGAGAAUGUAGUGAUGACGCAUGGCUCUCUUGAUCCGUGGCAUGCUCUCGGCAACGAAACCUGUGACUCCUCUAGAAACUGCUUUGUAAUCAAAGGAACAGCACACUGCGCGGAUAUGUACCCAGCUCGGAAAGAAGAUCCAAAAGAACUCACUGAUACUCGCAACAAGGUUGAAGAAAUCAUCAGGAAUUGGUUAGCUCCACCAACCCCGAUCAACGUUGAUAUGGGGAACAUAAUCUUUCUCCAACUGACACUGACACGAGCUCCCCACCGGCCCCAGUCAAACUGA